AUAUAGAUAUCAUGUUGUUAUAUGAUAUCUAUGAUUGUAGGCCUAUUACUGAAAAAUAUAUAGUUGGGUUCAAAACUUCAGAAGACCGGCGGCGUAGCCUGGGAAUGGGGGAGCUGGACGUCGGGUAACCGGAACAUGUCUAGACCACUACUUAUAUUUCCCAGAAGUAGUAUAGAAACCGCGACGAUAUGAUACGCCAACCGGUAACUGGAUGGGGAAGGCGUGCACGAGGAAAGGACGUCAGAAGCGCAGUCACUUGUUUGUCUUUCGGACUUGCGAGUGUCGCCGAUCGCACCAAUGUUGCUGAUGCUCUCCAUGACCAAGCAGCUGUGUCAGGUGUACGGGGGCAAGUCCUCGCACAGCAUGUUUACUUUCAUGAUGGAGAAGCUUUCCGAGAUGCACGCUGUGUGGCCAACGUUCAGCCCCGAGCAGUGCGGUGUAGAGCCACUGAAGAGUGUGUAUGACAUUUACUCCGACGAAGUGCGGUAUAUGCUCGCCAGCGCGCGGGAGAACACCCUCCUAGAGCAGGAUGUCAUACUCAGCCCGCUCCUGAAAGGGGAGGAGCGGAUAAACUUGCUCCUCCAACCAAAACUCAGCGACGUUAGGCAGCCAAAGUCUUCAUUUGAACAGAUCUUCCAGCCUAGCCACUAUCAGAAAGAAUUUGAAGAACUGCAGAGGCUGGGAAAGGGUGGUUUUGGCAGAGUGUAUAAGGCAAGAAACAAAGUCGAUGGAAUCUGUUAUGCAGUCAAGAAGGUUCGUUUUCCGAGCUCAAUGUCUGAAAGUGACAUCAGAAAAGUCAUGCGGGAAGUCUUCCUUCUCGCAAAACUAAGGCAUGACAAUGUGGUAGGGUACAAUGCGGCAUGGCUCGAACACACGCUCCCAGGCAAGGAACCAUCCUAUCAGCUCUCGUACGGUUCGAGCGAAAGUUCACAGAACAUAGUCAUGCAGACAAGCAACACCCCUGACUGUACUUCGGAUGCUUUCCUGGACGAAGGUGGCGCCACACUGCAGGUCUGUGAGUACAGUCCGGCACCGGUAGCGGGUAGCGCCAUGCUCCAGGACUGUGGGUGCAGCGUGGGGCAGAGUACAGGUCGUCCCAUGCUCCAGAGCAGCGAGUGCAGUGUGGCGCCAGUCGUUCAGAAAACGUCAUCGUCGUCUGAGGAAGUGUCCAGCGAAGAUGGGUCUGUGAUUUUUUCCCCCGAUGCGAAUUCUAGUUUGACUGUGCUUGAUCCGGGACAAUCAUUCCUCUACUCACCAAAGAAGUCUGCAGGAAGGGAGUCGAGCGGGGCACAGUGCAGCGAGCAGCCGCUGCAAGACCAGGUCCCAGCAACGGUUGACGACAACAUACCCCCUCGCCCGCAUGACGAGGAGACGCCUCCUCGCCUGCACGACGAUGACCACAAUGACAUAUCCUCUCACUGGCGCAAUGGCGACGCGAUUUCUGGCGUGUUCGGUAAGCGCAUUCGGCGAAUAUCUAAGAGCAGCGGUCAUCUUGAGCAGAGCGCCGAGAAAAACGCCCGCCUAUCCGUCGUCCCAGUCCGCUUCCAGCGCAGCCAGAGCUGCGAGGUGGCGCCAGUAUGCGGCGGCCAGACGCUACCACGGCUGCUGCACGAGUCGCGUGUCGUGCUCUUCAUCCAGAUGCAGCUGUGUGUUGGAACGCUGCACGACUGGCUGCGGAAGCGCAACGAUCGCUGCGCGAGCGAGGGCGGCGGCGGCGGCGCCCCCUACGACGUCGUCAACCAGGCGGAGAGCAUGGACGUGCUGCGGCAGCUGCUGCACGGCCUCGCGUACAUCCACGAGCAGCGGCUGAUCCACCGCGACCUGAAGCCGCGCAACGUGCUGCUCGGUGACGCCGGCCGCGUCAUGAUCGGCGACUUCGGGCUCGCGCGCGACCACGAGGUCUCGGCGGAGCCCGAGGCGUGCGCGAGACGCGACUCCUGCUGCGACGAUCUGACCCGCAACGUCGGCACGCGGACGUACGCCUCGCCGGAGCAGCUGUCCAGCAGCAACUACUCGAGCAAGUCGGACGUGUACAGUCUCGGCGUGAUACUAUUCGAGUUGUUUCACCCGUUUGAGACGGGAAUGGAGCGUCUGCGGAUGCUGGAGCGACUGCGGGAAGCCCAGGGCCAUGUGCCGCCGUGCUUCUGGGAGCGCUGGCCGCGGCAGUCGCGCUGCAUCUGUGAUAUGAUCGCCGAGUGCCCGGAAACUCGGCCGACGGCGAAGGAUCUCCUAAACAGCGAUCUGUACGUCACUCCGAACGUCGCAGUCGGACUCCUGAUGAAGCAGAUACAUGAGGAGAGAGAGGCCGUCAGGCUGCGAGACAACGAAAUCAAGAAGAAGAAUCGAGAGCUGAAGAAGCUCAAAAGGUUGUUGGGGUACAAGUGUCGAGAGAUUGCGAGGAAAGACAUGGAGUUGGCAGCUCAGGCUACACAAUUGCGAGUCCAAAAACGGGAGAUAACUGCAUUUCGCGAAAUGUUUAACAAGAUAGUCAAAAAGUCGUAAUGCAUCGUCAUGUAUUCAAUAUUAAUUUUAAUCAAAUUAGCUUUGUAUUCUCUUGUUAUUUUCUGUGAGAUAUUCUAGAACAGUAUAGAUUCUGGUUGUAUAGCAUAUAUAUAUAGCAGUGUUUCCCCUGGCCAAACAUUUUUUUUUUCGAGGUCCUAGCAAAGCAAGCACCUCAGGUGCUCGCCCAGCUAUUCUAAGGUAUUUUGGUCCAUUAUAAGCACUGUUCUAUGAAAGAACAGUGAUUUUCGUCAGCAAGGCGGUGUUUUGGACAAAUUUCUGUGUGGCGGCUGUGAAUUUGAGCGAGGCAGCCGGCCUCGCCUGUGUCAAUGCAGGGGAAACACUGUAUAUAGCAUUCUUAGUAAAGGAGAAAUUACCUUCACUCCCAAGCUCCAGUCUCAAGUUUUGUUUACGAUUGUCAAGCUGGUGAUAAUUCUGCGUGUCAACUAAACUAGUCAGUAGUUUUGUUCAAGAAUACAAUGAAUUUAAUAUAAAUUUUAUACUUUGCCCAAGAU